UGCCACUGGAGGUUAGAGAACCCAUUCUUAAGUAUAGAAGUAUUUUCUUUAAUCCAUGCCCAUAAAAGGUGUGCCCUUUUUUUUUUCUUCCCUUUCCCCCUCUUCAUAUAGCACUGACUGCUGUUCGCCAGAGGUUCCUCGCACACCUCGCUUGCUCCGGCUGGGCAGGUGAAUUUGCCCUCAGAGAGAAUGAAUGCUUUCUUCUCUGCAGCGGGCUUGCUUUCCUUGGGUGCAACUGCAGUGUUUGGAGGAAUAGUGCUGUAUAAACUGGAGAAGAACCAUGGCAAGAUAGGGAAUAAGGCUAUUUACAGUAUAGCUCUCCUUUUCUUGGGUGAAGUGUACUGCUUUUCCAGCCUGUCAUAUUUUUGGGGCUUCAGUUUGUUCUCUCUGGCAUGCAUCAUCUCCCACAUCUAUUUAUCUGGUCAAGAAAUGUUACCCGUGGAUCAAAAAGCAGUACUAAUCACAGGUGGAGAUUCAGGGAUUGGCCACACACUGGUGAAACACCUGGAUGAGUUGGGUUUCACAGUAUUUGCUGGCGUUUUGAAUGAAAAAGGACCCGGAGCAGAAGAACUCAGAAGGAGCUGCUCCGAGCGACUCACGGUUCUCCAGAUGGAUGUCACCGACUCUGCUCAGCUGAAGGAAGCUCACAGACGGGUUUUGGCAAAGGUGAAGGGCACAGGACUGUGGGCGGUUGUCAACAAUGCUGGGAUAAUUGGAUUCCCAGGAGAUGGUGAAUUAACUUCCAUGAAUAUUUACAGACAGUGCAUGGAUGUGAACUUCUUUGGAGCCGUAGAGGUCACAAAGACAUUCUUACCUUUACUCCGGAAAGCCAAAGGGAGGCUUGUAAAUAUAAGCAGUAUGGCAGGAAGCAGCCCCUUGCCAAAUUUCUCCGCAUAUGGCUCGUCGAAGGCUGCUCUGACCAUGUUUUCGGGCGUAACAAGACUGGAGCUUUCCAGAUGGGGGGUAAAGGUAACUUUAAUUCAACCAGGAGGCUUCAGAACAAAUAUCCAAGGCUCACCGGACCAGUGGGAGGCACAAGAAAAGGAUCUCCUGGAGAACCUCCAAGAAGAUGUCAAGGAAGACUAUGGCAAAGACUAUAUUCAAGCCCUGAAAAGUGUUCUAAAAUCCAUGAGCAAGUCCUCCAGUACCGAUCUCUCGCCAGUGGUCUUUGCUGUUCUCCAUGCCAUCCUGUCCAAGCAUUCUCUUGCCUUAUACACUCCGGGGACAAAAUCUUAUCUGACCCUCUGUCUUUCUUCUUUCUUCCCCAUCUGGGUUUCUGAUGCCUUUUUUAAGAAACUCUUCAGCCUCAGAAUACUGCCCAAAGCUUUACAAAAACCUGAUCCUCCAAAUAAAAAACUUUAGGCGAGGAUCGGCUCCCAAAGAGACCGAUCAGGGAUUCAGAACAUUUAUUUUAAUCAAAUGGAAGUUGCUAUGAAAAUGAGUUUUUUUGCACCUUUGCUCCUUAUUGAUGGCUCGGGGUCGAUUUAAGCUCAGGAGAGGUGGGCUGGUAGAGUUACGUGACGGAACCAGACUCCAAGAGGAACCUGAAUGGAACCUCCUUUCUUGCAGAGAUUAAGUUUGACCUUGGUCAGGUGGACACCUAUGAGAGAGAUUUCCCAUUAGGUUGUAUUAGCGCUGCUCUCCUCCCCUGUACCCUCAAAAUGGUUAAGAUCAAAAAGAUAUCAAUCAGUGGUAUUUACUGAGUGCUUAACUGUGUGCCAAGAAGUGUGCUAGAUACUUGGAAGAGUAUAGUCCAGUAGAUUUGGUGGACCCAAGCUUUGCCCGCAAGGAACUUAUAGUCUAGAAUACUUUUCAAGAACCAUGAAAAAGGUCUUGGCAGUCGGCUCUCAGUUUAGUGUGGAGGGUCUGUCAAUGGACCGUCCGUUAAUGCCCUCCUAAUCAAUCAGUCAGUUAGUUAAUCGUAUUUAUUGAGUGCUUAGUGUGUGCAGGACACUGUACUGAGCGCUUGGGAGAGUACAACACAACAAUAUGACAGAUACAUUUCCUGCUCUGACUAGAACAGUUUAAAGUCUGCUCUGAGGACUGCUCCUCUCCUGAGAAACAGGAGAUCUGUCUUUACUAGGGUCUCUUCUAUAACUGGUUGGAAGGGUCCCUCUGGGAAAAGGAACUCUUGGCCCAGGCUCUGCUUUCGUCUUUGAUGUCUGUGUGUUGAUGAUGGAUUUAUGCUUGGACUCAGCUCAGGUCGGAUCAGUCGGAAAGGUAGUUUAGACGCAGUUCCAAAUGCACUGACUUGGAGAUCGCGAAGAAUGGAUUCUCAGCCCAGUGCUUCCUCUGCCUCACCUUGGAAAAGUCACUGAACUCUCUUGAUCGUCUCAUCUGUGAAAUGGAAAUGCUCAGUCUUACCGCUUUCUUCACAAGUAUUUGCAAAGGCUGAGUGAAACUACAGUCCUUAGAGAUCCAGACAAAAAGGGUGCAGCGUAAACAAGCAUGGCAGGGAAUGGAGUGUCGGCCUGUGGGAGAGGCCCCAAAUGCUUUCCAAACGAAGUAGUAAUCACUGUUGUAGUAGUAGUAGUACUUCUAGACUGUGAGCCCGCUGUUGGGUAGGGACCGUCUCUAUAUGUU